CAAGAAGAAAAAAAUGUAGGAAAUAUCCGUGCCCUAGUUUAGGUGUACUGUUUUAGUAAUAGAAUGAGGACAAUCAUCUAUAUUUGACUCUAAUUUGAAAAUAUUUAGCUUCUUUAGUAAUGUUCGAAUUACUUUUUCAAAGAAGCAUAAUCUUCUUAUCAAAAAGAAAACAACUACAAGAAUCAAGAUUAAGGUUCCGGUCAAAUUUCCCCGACUGGGAGGUAUAAUUGGACUACAUUAUUACUACUACAAUGGCUUCCCAGGAAUUUUUGGGGCAUGAGGUUUCCCGUUCUCCAGGUUUUUUAUAUCCGGUCUUUUACUUCUCCCUUUUUCUAUUGAAGCUAUUGGACAUUUUCUGAGUAGAAUCUACUAUUGUCAGCUAUAACAGUCAAUAACAACCCCUAAUUCCAGCUAACUAACUACCUUCCCUUAACAACUGCCAGCCCUGGUAUUCACUAACAAUUCUUCAUUCUUUAUAGACAUAUAUAACUUGUUAUUGGUGAUCUUUCUUUCUUAUCAAUUCUUGCUGCUCAGAAUUUUACCCUGUCCUCAAGGCUCAAGGUGACUGAAAUGAAGCGAUAUCUACCUUGGGCUGAUCAUAGCACUGGAUCAGUACUUCUAACUCUAAAGACGCAUGUUGAGAGCAGGUUGAACGCCAAAAAUGAAAGCAAGUCGUAGCAUUAAUUUCAAGUUGGAAUAAAGCCAGGGUGGAAAUAUACGGAAUAGAGAGUUGACAGUUCAGAAAUUCAUAACUACGAUGGUGUAGGAAGAUGGGUGAUUUCUGGGUUCUAGACACUGAUAUCUGGCAAUGGUCUGAGCUAACUAGUUUCGGUGAUUUGCCUUCACCAAGGGACUUUGCUGCAGCCUCUUCUUUUGGGAACCGGAAAAUUGUCAUGUAUGGGGGCUGGGACGGUAAGAAGUGGUUGUCAGAUGUAUAUGUCCUAGACACAAUGUCACUUGAAUGGACUGAACUUUCAGUUUCUGGAUCACUGCCUCCUCCAAGAUGUGGCCAUACAGCAACUAUGCUUGAGAAAAGGUUGCUCGUCUAUGGUGGAAGAGGAGGUGGUGGGCCAAUACUGGGUGACCUAUGGGCUCUGAAGGGAUUAAUUGAAGAAGAGAAUGAAAGCCCUGGAUGGACUCAGUUGAAGCUUCCAGGUCAUGGUCCUUCUCCCCGCUGUGGCCAUACCAUUACAUCGGGUGGACAUUAUCUACUGUUAUUUGGAGGACAUGGGACUGGUGGUUGGCUGAGUCGCUAUGACGUUUACCACAAUGAUUGCAUUGUGUUGGACAGGGUGACUGCUCAGUGGAAACGGUUGCCUACUGGAAAUGAAGCUCCUUCAGCGCGGGCAUACCAUUCAAUGAACUGUAUUGGAUCACGUUAUUUUUUAUUUGGUGGUUUUGAUGGGAAAUCGACCUUUGGCGAUUUGUGGUGGUUAGUUACUGAAGAGGACCCAAUUGUAAAGAGGUUGUUUUCAACAUCAUCCAACGAUCUUCUUCAAAAUAACGACUUAUCAUCGUUGAACAAAGAUUCCAAUUCCGCACAUGAGGAUUCUCGUGGGAGGCACAAUGCAGUAGUAGAGUUAGGAAAAAGUUUGGGGAUUACCAUCUCAUUCUCAAAUCCAGGUCUUCCAGUAGUAGGCGAGAUGGAUGACAAAGAGUUCCUUAAUCUAGCAUACAGUUUAAGUGAAGUUAAACCUUCUAGCUCUGGACAGGUCACGCAUAUUGAGGCCAUCCAGGCACUUCGGAACCAUUGGAGGAAUUCUAAUCCUAGGUUAAUUCCACUGAAAGAGCUUGGGCCAUUACUUCGUGAUUACCAGCGCUUGAUCACUCAUAAUUAUUUUGCAAAUGAUGGGCCUCAGUCAGAAUUCAUUAGUACCAGUCUUCCCGGAAAAGAUGCGUAUCAAUUUUACCAUAUUAAUGACAUCCGUCAGUUACGUAUGGACGAUAUCCCUAAGCUUUUGGCAGAGUACAAGCAGCUACGUCUACCUGAUUGAUGCUUUCUCCGUCGUAUUUUCUCCUCGGAAAGCAAGCCUAUUUCUUCUUUAUACGAAUGUACAUGUUUGCUUUAGUGAUAUUGAUCGGUCUGGUUGUGUGCUUUUAGAUGGCCAGAGCUUUUCGCCUUUUGCUUUUGCUUUAAAACUUUCUUUCAAAUUCCCUCUCUUUGUAACUACAGGUUUGUUUCCUUGGAAAAUGUCUGAAAGGGAAUACACUUGUGCAAUGCACUGAGCAUGUCUGAAUAUUUGUUUUCUUUUUUAUUAAGUUUUAGAGGAUGUUAGUGAAAA